UGUAGUUCAGUUCACGCGAAAAGAUUCCAGCACUUUCAAUUCCAGGCCAUACCAGUUCGACAUUUGUACACCAUUCGAUCUAUCAAUCAUACUACCUUCAAAAAGUCUUAACUGUGUACAAACAAAAUAUUUCGCAAUGCCAAAUUGGCGAAUUCACAAUUGAUUGAUUUUAAUCAUAUUUUUUAUUUUAAAUACCUCAAUGCGAUAUAGAUCUAGAUCUGGGUAUAUACCUACCUUAGGCAAGGCUGUCAAAUUUUGUUUUAAUUCUAGAUUCUAAUUGUGUUUUAACGGCUUAAAAGAGAGUCUCGUGUUUUAAUUGAUACCGAAUCCGGUUAAGCCAGAAACGUCCAUUGGUCCGGGAGGAGAAACACAUCUGAGCUAAAGAGUGAAAACAAUACAAGAUUCAAGUCCUCCUCUACAUUCUACUGUUUUCUAGAUCUAUCUAAAAGAGGUUUACAUCUGAUAGAGAGAUUGUCUACUACAGGAGGACUAGACGGGGGUCUAGAGCAGGCAGAGAGAUAGCCCACCACAAAAGGACUAUAUUGCAUCCAAUCGAGAGUUUGUCUACUACAGGAGGACUAGACUACGUCAGGUAGAGAGAUUGUCCACUCUGGUCUUAUCAGCUGUUCUGUUGUGAUCUAUAAGUUUUAAGUUUGUGCUUUCAAAGAUGUUCGAAAUGUGUAACCAUUUGCACAAUGUGUGUUCGUGAUUCCGAAUAAACUGUGCUCAUUUGUCUGUGUGAAACGAAACACACAGUCCUAGUCUAAGGUCGUAAACCUUGUAUGCUUGUCCCCCCUUGAAUAAAACUUUCUUUUCUGGGAAAGAAAGAAAGAGAGAGAGAGAGAGGGAAGAAAAAGAGUGACGGAAGAAAACAAUAUUGCCAGUUUUAUUAUCCUGUGGUGAACAAUCGCCUCUGAGAAGCGAUCGACGCCUCAGUCAGGAUAAACGGACAACAAGGGGGAAAUAACUUUGUGUCGGUUUCCACAUGGAUUACCCUCCCAGGAGCCACGUGAUUUGACGGCGAUUCGGAGUCAACGAAGCGUGGCCGGAAUCAUUUCACUCCCUUGCACUGGACCAAUAGCAGUCAAGGGGAAAGUGCUUUUGGGGGUGGGGUAGCCAAUAAUGGGCAGAUUUUUGCAUUGUGCGACUUCACAUUUAGACUACAGAGAAAUGCUCGACUCGCCAGCCAAGUCAAGUCACAGUCAAUUGUAACACAAAAAAAAUUAUUUCUAAGAUGACGUGAGCUGCAAAGAAUAAAUAUGACCAAACUGUGCAGUCAUAUUUUUUUAUUCGGUCUUCAGUUACAAUAGCACUAAUAUUAAUAGCUACUGAUAAAUGAAGAAUGGUACAUGUUUACAUAUUAAACGGAUUUGAUUUCAGUGUUUCGAUUUGUGCUUUUUGUUAGUAACAAGUCGGCUCUCUUGUGCAUAUCGCAUUUACUCAACCAGCGUUUAAAUAAGUGUAUAUUCUUUUCUAAAAGUUUAUUUUCAUGUUGGAUUAGUGCAACUAUGAAGCAGUCUCAUUGGAUUUGUAUGGUGUACGGAUUGGUUAUUUUCUACAUUUCUCUUUUAUCAGUCGAUGGAGUCCGAUGGAUGGCAUUAGCUCAGGUGUCAUCACUAGCGCAUAUGAGUGAUGAAGAUAGUUGUGAACAAUUAGCCGGACUAGUCAAGCGGCAGAAGAAGCUGUGCAAGCGACAUCUGGAGCUCAUGGACAGCGUCCGUGCAGGGGCUCAGAUGGCCAUCGAAGAGUGCCAGUCACAGUUCAAGUACAGGCGGUGGAACUGCUCCACGGAAAAUGACAAGCAGUUCGGAAACGUCAUUAUGAAGCAAGGGACCAGGGAGGCAGCCUUUGUUCAUUCUAUAUCGUCUGCUGGUGUCGCCCAUGCGGUGACCAGAGCUUGCAGCAGUGGACAGCUCAGGAAGUGUGGUUGUGAUAGGACACUCCGCGGCAGGAGUCAGGAAAAUUUCGAAUGGUCAGGGUGCUCGGACAAUAUUGCCUACGGCAUAGCGUUUUCCAAAGUCUUCGUGGACGCCAGAGAGCGGGGUAAAAAAAGGCGGAAUAAGCCCAGGUCCGUGAUGAACUUACACAACAACGAAGCAGGAAGAAGAGCCAUUGAAGACAACAUGAGGAUCGAAUGUAAAUGUCACGGCGUGUCCGGGUCUUGCGAGAUGAAAACUUGCUGGAAAGCCAUGCCCAUCUUCAGCACCGUCGGCACCAUCCUGAAAGACAAGUUCGACGGGGCUACCGAGGUAAAGCCCCAUGACUCCAGCGAGUUAGUGCCCCUGAACCCUCAGUUCAAGCCCCACACCGACCAGGACCUGGUCUACAUGGAAGCAUCGCCGGACUUUUGCGAGGCGGACCCGAAGACAGGCUCCCGGGGCACCCACGGCAGGUUCUGCAACAAGACCUCCAAGGCCAUCGACGGCUGUGAGCUGAUGUGCUGUGGGCGGGGCUUCACCACCAGACAGGUCAAGGUCAUGGAAAGAUGCAAGUGCAAAUUUCAUUGGUGCUGUAGUGUCAAGUGUAAAACGUGUGAAAGGACUAUCGACGAACACAUUUGCAUAUGAAAACAGACAAACAGCCUAAAAACAACAACAACAAAAGAUCUCGUAAACAGAUCUUUAAAAAAAAUCUUCUCCUUGAGCCAUAAAAGGCGAUUUCAAAUGGGAUUUUUUUUAGACCAAAUGUCUUGGACUUAAGGUGAGUGAGUCUGACCUGAUACUGAAACAAGGGAGACAAAAGCAUAUUUACUUCUUGUAGACGAUAUGUACAAACAUGUCUGAGGCAUUAUUUAAAAGGUGUCACUUGUAUUUCAUGACUGUGAAAAGGUACACCAAGUGAACAGCAGAAGAUACUUUCAGAGAUUUAACGCAAUUUCUUUCCCUGACAUAGUCACAGAAAAUUUAUAAUUAAAACAUUUUACGUAUAUUUACGUAUAUCCUGGACAAAACAAACUACACAAAAUAGGGACAACUACCAUAACGUGAAAGUGAUUUUAUAUUACGAAAGUGAAAGGACACGUACAUUACAGACCGGAACCGGAACUGGGUAUAUUCUGAACUAUACUGCUGUGAAUAUUAAUUGGUGUUUUGUUUAUGUUUAUGUUCUAUGCGAAACUAUUUAAGAACAAAAUGCAAAUGUAUAAAUCGAAUCAACGUAAGGUGUUUUAUAAUCGUGUACAUAAUUUAUACCUACUAUUUGGUCUUUAUGUAACACUUCAGAUCUUUUUUUUUUUGGUCUAUCACUGCAGGGUAACAUGAAAUGAAGAUGUUAAUUUCAAUCUAUGAAACUAUUUAUAUGUAUAUCAAAUACAAGCCUGUUACAAUCUGUAUAUAGGUCAUGUGACUUUGUACAGUUCAUGUAUACUGGUUCUUGAACUAGUCUAACGAGACGGAAGGGUUCGGAUUGUAAUGUAAAACUUUUGUACAAGUCUUGAGUCUCAUUAUUUAUAGCUGUACUUCUUUUUUUUUGUAUUAUCAAUGUUUUUGAAAUAGAAGUAUGUUUUAAUUGCAUUUAUUAAAGCUGUUACCUACCUCCAUUAGAAGCAAACACACACACACACACACAUUUGUAAGUUAUUAUUUUCCUUAUCCCUAGAUUCCAUAGAUUCUCCUUAGGUGCUGGCACAUUUAUGAAUCGGGAGAUCCCUUUGUAUCCCAAUGUCUAUCCCAAUGUGUAUACCCGUGCAUAUCCCUACACUCACCCUAUGUCUAUCCCUGUGCCUAUACCAAUGCCUAUCCUCAUGCAGCUCCCCUAUCCUCGUGUUUAUCCCCGUGUUUAUCCCAGACCUAUCUACGUGUUUAUCUCCUCGCAUCUAUCAUCGCGUCUAUCCCAGUGUUUAUCCCAUGUCUAUCCCAUACCUAUCCACUUUUUUUAUCCAAGCCCUAUCCACAUUACUAUCCCAGACCUAUCCACGUGUUUAUCCCCAUGCCUAUCCUCGCGUCUAUCCCCAUGUCUAUCCCAGACCUAUCUAAGUGAUUAUCCCCAUGUCUAUCCUCGCGUCUAUCCCCAUGUCUAUCCCAGACCUAUCUAAGUGAUUAUCCCCAUGUCUAUCCUCGCGUCUAUCCCCAUGUCUAUCCCAGACCUAUCUAAGUGAUUAUCCCCAUGUCUAUCCUCGCGUCUAUCCCCAUGUCUAUCCCAGACCUAUCUAAGUGAUUAUCCCCAUCCCAAUCCUCAUGUCUAUCCCUAAAUACAAAUAUGUACAAAUAGCAAUCACCUAACUUUGUAGGUGUUCCAGACCCUUGUAGUCUGCCUAUGAGUCUGAUUCAGGGUCUACACACGUUAGUUGUGGUGUACUUUAUACUUGUGUAUCUCGUGUAAGUACUGAACAAGGACAUGCAAACAACUUAGAGAGUAUGUUUAUCUUAUGGUCAUGUGAUACAAAUGAAUUUUGUUUCGUACAUUUUGUUGCUAUGUCUACUUUUGUUUGUAAACAUAGUUGUCACGUGAUUUGAGACUUUGUUUAGACUUUGAUACAAACAACAGAAAGUGUUUAAAAUGAUAACUUCUUAAGUUAAUUUGUAGAAAAUUGAAAAUAAUUUUAUUUAUUAUAAUUAUUUCUUUAAAAUAGCCUUUUAAAUUAUUGUUUUUAAUUGAAUCCUUUGUGAAGUUAUUGAAUGUAUAAAAAUACUAUAGGUCUAUAUUUUUAAACGAAACAAAACGAAAAUUGUCUUAUGAUAGAUGAAUGUGUGUAUAACUUAUAAAGUAUUUUUGUGAUCCAAUUAAAUAAGCUUCCGUUGGACACAUUGCUUUUCUAUUGGACAAAUCUAGUUCAAUUUACCAUUCAGCAAUAAAAUUAGCACUUUAACUCUUUGAGUACCACACUCCAGAAAGCAAUGUCCAUAUAUAUAUAACCCCAGAAAUUUGGUAGUUGGAGAGUUAAUACACAUCAUGACAUGAACUACUAAAGAAUAUUGAUUCGUUUAGAUGUAUUAAUAAGUCAACACUGAAAGUUGUUUUUCCUUAUACAUUUGAAAUGUAUUUUUGAUGUUUAUAAUAAAUUUUUUUAGUCAAGU